AUGACUGCCGUGACUGGACUGAAGAAAACACGAACUAGUCAGACUAGUCUGACAAAAUGCCUGUUACCCACCGAUGUGUUAGAAUCUUCAGUCAAUAUACUUUGGACUAGGCGACUGAAUGUAUCGCACCAGGCCACCUCAUGUUUCCUUUGUCUGGAAACGUCACAAACGAGAGAUUCAGCUGUGUUCCAGGUUAGUCUCGAAUUGUGGAACCGACAGAAGGGAAUCGUCAAAGACAAAUGUGCUGCACCAAACUUAAAUGAACUGGAUGAUCUGAAAGGAACGGAGCAUGGUCCAAGUACCGACCUAGACGAGACAUGGGUUGGAAAUGAGGAACAGGUUACCUCGAAUUUGGAGGCUGCAACCGAUGUUCAGCGACUUGACAGUUCGUCUAUUGACACAAAAAGCUUCCUGCAACGUACCCCUGGAUAG